AUGCCCAAGUCAUUUAGUGAAGAUCUCAAAGAGCCCCCCUCGAAGGUGGCAAGGCGGUCCCCCCCUGAUUCCUCAACUGCUCUGCGUCAACGUGAGGUCGGCUUACAUGACGAACGGCAAACUGCUGUUGCUGCUGCUGGUGCUGCCGAGGAUGACUCGAGUCGGGGGGUCGUCGAUCGGAAACCUACAUUGGACUGUAACAAGAAACUCAGCCAGAUCUUCAGAGAUCUUGAAGCUAAUUUGCGGCAUAAUAAGGGAAGUUCCGAUGAGUUUAGAUCACGGAGUUAUCGGAGGGCUGCUGAUAAGAUAGACAAGCUCGGCUACCCCUUGGAUACCGAUGCUGCAGUGGAGCACUUUGCAUCAGAGUGUGGCAGUGGUAUAGGAGCUAAGACUAUGCAGAAGAUCCGUGAGUUCGUCAACACUGGUUCUGUGAAGAAGGCUGAAGUGAUCGGCACCGCUGAACGUGCUAUAGGCAUUCGUGAAUUGACGAGUGUAUGGGGUGUAGGGGUUUCAACUGCAGAGAAGUGGUAUGCUAUGGGUAUACGGAGUGUCGAUGCACUGAGACAUUCAGGGAGUAUUGAGCAGCUCAAUCACAAUCAGAAAAUUGGUUUGAAAUACUUUGAGGAGUUCAACUGUAAGAUACCUCGCCAGGAAGUUGAAGAGAUUUCCACCGUAGUAUUGGCGGGAGUAGACCAAGCCACUCGUGCCAAAUACGGCGGACUGGAGCAUUUCAAUGUAGUAGUGUGCGGUAGCUACCGACGUGGUAAAGCUAUGUGUGGCGAUGUUGACUUUUUGAUAACGCACAGAAGUCGGCAGCUCACAUACACAGAGAAUGCCGCGAUACUAUCGUCUAUCGUCUCUUGCUUAUCAGAGGAAGGGGUGGCACCAUCAUUCCCUCAAGCUAGGCUCACAGACCAUCUCAACCAAUAUCGGCAACACCAAGAGCAUUCUGAGGAGUCUAGUACUAGUUGCAUUGGUCUUGAUGACUAUCAACAAUUCUGUCAAUACUUUGGUGUUUUCCAGUUGAGCCCUAAACAUAUCCAUCGUAGGGUGGACAUCAAAGUGUGGUCUUUGAGGGAAUACCCAUACGCCCUGGUCCACUUUACUGGUAGUGGCGUCUUCAAUAGACGUAUGCGGUACUACGCAAAGACUAAAUUGGGGUUGAAGGUCAAUGACCACGGUAUAUUCCGUAGUGAUGGCAGCUGUAUAUCCUGCAAGACCGAGAGAGAUGUCUUUGACUGCCUCAAUAUCAAGUAUAUGUAA